AUGAAGCUGCUACUCACACUCAUUCUAUCGGCCCUGGUUGGCCUAACAUGCGGUCUCGCAUCGACAGAUACCAUCACCUGGGGAGGCGACAACUCCCGAACAGGCUACCAAACUAACCAUAACAUGGAUCCCGCAAUCGUAGGAAGCCCUCAAUUCGACAUCGUCUUCAAAACAGCCCUCCCUGGAAAAUACGUUGGCGCCGCAGAACAGAUCUUCUCUCAACCCCUCGUCUACACUCCUUCAGACGGAACAACGCAAUAUGUUUAUCUCGCGACGACUCAGAAUAAUAUUUAUAAACUUGAUGCAAAGACUGGCGUGAUUCUUGCAUCGCGCAACAUUGGCAUUCCGUUCCUUACUGCUGAUUUGGACGGCUGUGUUGAUGUCAACCCUACUGUUGGCGUCACAGCGACUGGUGUUAUAGAUCCCGAUACAGAUACGUGGUAUAUCACGUCAAAGACUUAUGUCAACCAGAAUGCGGGUCAAGUUCCCCAGGGAAGACCGGCCGGAAGGUACAAGAUCCAUGCUAUCAACGUAAAUGAUCUUUCAGAGCGACAGAACUUCCCCGUUGAUCUUGAAGGCACGAUUGCGAGGAACAAUCCGGAGAGGAUGUUCACGGGCGGCAUUCACCACCAGCGACCUGGACUACUCCACACAGGACAAUACGUCUACGCUGGCUUCGCAUCGCAUUGUGUGCAGUAUAAUUUCACCGGCUGGAUCAUGGGCUGGGACAAAACCACCGGCCAAAUCGUCGAGCACUGGGCCUCCGAAGGUCUCGGCGUAAGCAGCAACAUUUCCGGCGCAGGAAUAUGGCAAUCUGGCGGUGGUCUUGCCUCCGACGACGCAGGAUCAAUGUUCUUCGCCACUGGAAACGGCUACGCUUCUCAACUGUCCACCAUUCCCGUUAAUGGCUUCACACCCCCGACUGCGAUGGAGCAAGCGGCUGUUCACAUGUCCAUCAACAGUGAUGGUACCCUCUCGAUUGUGGAUUUCUUCAUGCCCUUUGAGAAGCAGGAGCUUGACGGUGCGGAUAAGGAUCUGGGGACGAGUCCGCUUGAGAUUCUGCCGAGUCAAUUCUCGUGCGGUGAUAUUAAGAGGAUGGGUAUUGUUACGGGCAAAUCUGGAAAGACGUAUUGGCUUAAUCUUGAUGAUCUUGGUGGUUAUCGCAAUGGUCCUAACUCCAAGGAUAGAGUCAUCCAGACAUUUCAGAAUGAGAAUUCUGUGUAUGCGGGUGCUGGUGUUUAUCCUCUCGAGGGAGGCUACAUCUACAUCAACGUGAUUCAAUACCCAACGCACGUCUUUAAAUUCUCCUGUCUCAAUAACACACCCUACUUCACCAAAGUUGCCGACUCCCCCACCAACAACGCUUACAUCCUCGGCGUAAGCCACGGCACAACAACGUCCCUCAACAACCAAGAAGGCACAGGUCUCCUCUGGGUAUCCGACGUCCAAAACACAAACUUCAAAAUCUACGACGCGGUUCCGCAGAACGGCUACCUCAACGUCAUUCGAAACUUCACCAUUGUGGGUAUUACCAAGUUCAGCAGACCUGUGUUCGGUGAUGGGAUGGCGUAUAUCGGCACGACGGUGGGAUACUUUUAUGGUCUUGGGUCAACGAAUAAGUUUCCGCUUAAUUGUACGAGCUCAAUCGACUUUGGGACUGUGGAUUUUCAGGGGAGUGGUGUGCAGCUUGUUAAUUGUACGGCGGGUUUAGAUCUGAGCGUUACAGGUGUUGCGCUUGCGGAUGGGACGAACUAUAACAUCAGUCAGACGCCGAGUCUGCCGCUGUCGAUGUCUGCGGGUGAUACGUUCCAGUUCGCGGCGCAGUUCGUCCCCAAGAGUGUUGGGAGAUUGGGCACUACUAUCAAUAUUCAGACUUCAGGCGUUUCGGACGCAUCGUACAGCAAAUCUGUCAAGGUCAGGCUCACGGGCGUAGGCAAGAGUUCAAAUGCGUUGUUGGACGUCAGCCCAAAAGCGGUGGUGUUCACCGGUCUCGUCACUGGUACUCAAGCUGAAGCUCAGAGUGUUCUUAUCGGCAACGAUGGAUCUGGCGAUCUGCAGGUCUCUUCAGUUCUGUACUCAAAUACCUCUUCAUCCGGCCCAUUCACCACCUGGUCCGGCACGGGUAGCCUCAGUGUUGGUAAGUUCACACUGGCUGGUAUCCCAAGCACUGUCCCUGGAGGAAACGACACUGCUAUCUCUGUCAAGCCAGAUACUUCGGUUACUGGUAAUUACACAGCUUGGGUCAAGUUCGUCACCACCGGAGGCAAUGCUACAGUGUCUUUGUCUGCUGCCGCUGGCGAUCCUCCAACCGCUCUUCUCGAGUUCCAAACACCAGAUGGUAGCGGAUGGGUCAAGUACGAUCCCAACAAUCCCUUCACAUUCGGAAACGUCACAGAAAAUACAUCUCGAUCUCUCAAGUUCCGCAUUUCAAACACCGCUGCUCCCGGUGGUGUCAAACUCGGCCUCACAGUCUCAAAACCACCCUUCGGCGUCCCAGGCAUCAUCAAAUCCGCCAACCAGAUUGAUCUCGCCGAAGGAACACUCAUCGCACCAGGUCAAAGCCAAACAGCAACAUUGACCUGCACCGUCCCCAAAAGCCAGUGGAACCUCCCAUCUUACAACGGCACCGCGCAAUGGACUAUGAACACCAACGAUCCAACCUGGUCUUUCGAAAAGCGCGCAGUGCAAUUCUUCUGCAACGCUGUCUCUGAACAAGCAGCUCCUCUUCUAUCCAACGGUCAAGGACGGUAUCAAUACGUCGGCUGCUUCAAGGAGAAUAAUCCUGGGCGUCAGCUCUCCAACCAGCUCUAUGCUAAUAGCUCCAACACUAAUGAGAUGUGCAUCAACGCCUGUGGUUCAGAAGGUCUGACAUUCUGCGGAACGCAAUACCGAAGUGAAUGCUGGGCAGGCAACAAGAUCCCCACGCAAAAGGUCGACGAUCAGAAUUGUAACUUCGACUGUGCUGGAAGUCUGAACCAGAUCUGCGGUGGCAAUGGCAUUGAUGGCAGUGGAGCUUACAUCAGUCUCUUCGCUGAUACGCUUCAAUGGGAUGGUUCGUAUGCAAGUAUCACUACAAGUAGCAGUGCCAGUGCUGCGACACCUCAAGGACCUUCUGUCAACCCCGGUGUUGGUGGGUACACGAGCAUUGGGUGCUAUACUGAGGCUACCAACGCUCGAGCACUUCCUAACGGCAGGGGGAAUAAUCCGCCUACUGUUGCGAACUGUGUACAGGCUUGCAGUAAUGAGAACUUCGUUUACGCUGGUAUCGAGUAUGGUGGAGAGUUUCUCGGACGGAUCAGUGCCUGCUUCGAUCACUGA